GAGGAACGAGGAAAUUUGUUUAGUUGUUGAUAACAAAAAGCGGAUGCGAAAAUCAAAUCAAAUCGGGAAAUAAUCUUGAAUGACGUCGAAAACCAAUCAAUUGCCUGAGGCAUCUAUCUGACGAACUUCCCUGCCUCCGUGGUGGAUAAUGUCCAAACUCAAAGUCGACGCAGUCAAUGGGCAUGUGGUAACACCAGCCCCCUCUUUGAUUUACCAACACUCAAGUCAAUCUCAUCCGAGCUCGUCAGCCGAUGUUUUCAAUGCCAGCUCUCUCGCAGAAAUCAAGGCCACUUUAUCUCACCUCCACGAACAGGAGACGUCGGUCACGGCCCGGCUGGAUGCCCUUGUCGCCUCUCAGAAAGAUUUAUCCCGUGAGCUAGGUCGAUUAGAUUUGCUCCGGGCGCAUCUCGGCUCGUAUACCACCACCACCCGGUCUAUCAGUAAUUGCAUGCUCUCCGAUGCGGCAGCCACCGCAGAGCGGAUUUCGAUUGCAGUCCGUCGCCUUGACCUCGAACAAUCUAGAGUAAAAUCAACUUUGGAUGUGGUAGAGCAGGUUUCAGAGCUUAAAGCCUGUGUCCUGGGUGUCGCAGGCUCCAUGGGAGCCCCGCAGGAUUGGGAAACAGCUGCUAGUUAUCUGAACCGGGCGUCCAAAAUCCCACCAGAAGUGAUCUAUGGGGCUUUUGCAGCCGAGAUGGUUCCCACGGCGGAGGUGCCGGACUCACCAAAUAUUACCUUGGACAAUGCUGCUGAAUCCCUCUGCGGCUUGUUCUUGCGCGAGUUUGAUAAGGCUGUCAAGGAGAACAAUGGUGCCAAAAUCACACGGUUUUUCAAAUUAUUUCCUCUUAUCGGCCGUUCGGAGGUUGGCUUAGACGUCUACGGGCGUUACGUAUGCCAGGGUGUGGCGUCACGAGCACGAUCCAACCUCAAUGCUGUGGCAGGAAGUCAAAGCAAGGAUGGCUUCUUCUACGCCAAUGUUCUGACCAAGUUGUUUGAGCAUAUCGCACAGAUCGUUGAUAGCCAUGGGGGACUGGUAGAACGACACUACGGCCCGAGAAAGAUGAACCGGGUUAUUGAACGACUACAACUCGAAGCAGAUGUUCAAGGCGGUAUCAUUCUGGACACCUGGGCCGACGAGAGACAUGUAGAUCGCAAGUUGACCGACAUCAAAUCAUAUGCAUUUACUUUCCUCGUGCAAAGCUUCCUCCCCCCUCAGCGCAGUGCGACGCCACGGUCAAACUCCCCUGCGAAUCGGGACGGGGCUUCAGUAGCUGAUGAUGAGGGUGUUGACAUGAAAGAGAUUGACGGGUUACUGAAUGAGAUAGCAAUUAUGCUCGGCCGUUGGUCACUAUAUUGCCGUUUUUUGGCGGAAACAUGCAACGCUCCUGGUCAAGGCGACCAAUUGUACACACCGCCUCAAUUUUUACAAGAAUCCACUUUGUCGAGAAAAAUCAACGGUCGGUUGAUAGCUUCCUUUAAUGCCAUGACCACUUUCUUCUUUCGACGGACAGUUGAGAAGGCAUUCCAGCUGGAUGAACAGCCUGCGGGUUUGACGUUGAACCCGCAGAAGCCGUUGAAGGCCGACCCACCAUAUAUCACCUCGGCCGUCGAUGACAUCAUGUAUAUAGUCAACAAGGUCUUGCAACAAUCACUCGCGACGUCGCAGAUCACGGUAGUUACCAAUGUAGUGCCCACCCUGUCUCGCGUACUAGGGUCGGAUUUCAUUGGAAUGACACAGCGGAAAAUGCGGGAUGAAUGCUAUCCGAGAGCCUCUGUGCAAGGGGCUCAGCCCCCAGAGCAUCUGAUAAUCUCUUUUUUGGUCCUAAUCAACAAUUUAGAUGUAGCUGUCGAUUACAUCCGGCGCAUCGUCCAGAACCAUACCGAAACCAAAAAGACUUUGACUAGCCCGGAUGGGCAAACUGAAGAGACGGACCAAUUACGUUCCCUCUUUCCUAUCAUUUCAGACGCCAAGCUCGCAGCGCAAACGCUACAGGCACUGUCGUCCUCUUUCGAGUCUAAAAUCAAUGACCUUCUGUCUGACGGCAUACAAGUAGUGUUCAACAACGUCAUCAAGCAUCGUCUGCGGCCGAUUCUUGCGGACGCAUUUCGGGAUAUUGAUUACCAACCCGGAGAUGACGUUGACCCUACCAGCACUCCAUACCAUGAGUACGACCGUGAUGAGGUUCCAAAUGAUGACUAUCGUGCGGAACUUGUCCGUCGGCGCUUCGCAGCUAGUUGGGCUGAGCUUCUUCUCCCGCUAUCUCGUAUUCUUACGGCAUCUGCCUUUGACCGCAUGGUAACCAUCACAGUGGCUUACCUUUCCCGUCUCCUAGAAAAACGACUCUGGUCGUACCACGGCCGUGUCAAUGCGCUCGGCGCCACGCGACUCGAACGGGACAUUUCAGGAAUUGCCAGCACAGCAGUAGAUAUCGGUGGCACCCACGGAGCCCCAGCAAGAUACCGUCACCGGGAAGCAUUUGCAAGAUGCAUGCAGAUGACGUUAAUUAUGGGUAUGGAUGACGAUGAAUGGGAAGAUGUGAUGCGGGAAGGUGAGACAGCCGAUGUGGUCGAUAAACUGAACCGAGAAGAACGGACUAGGGUUCGAGGAAUGGUCAGACGACAGGAUACCCAACACUAGCCGAUGGUAAACUACUCUGGCACCACUCACGUGCUAGCACUUAUUAAACAUAUUGUAAAUCUUCAC